CGCUCUUCCGGCCUCUGUUCUCCCGACAUACUCCCCCCCAAACAGCCGCCACCAUGAUCUACUCUACACAAAUAUCUAGGCUAGAUGGCCUCAUGCUCUGCGCCUCCGUCGACGACGAACAGGCCGAGUCCGCCCUCGUCGAAACCAAGCAAAACGUCCGCCAAGUCCUCCGCAAGCUCACCCGCAACUCCGAGGCGCAAGCCAGCAUCGAGACCGGCCCCCACACCCUGCACUACCUGAUCGACCAGGACAUCGUCUUCCUCACCGUAUGCGCCGCGUCGUACCCGCGCAAACUCGCCUUCACCUACCUCGCCGACCUCGCCCGCGAGUUCACCACCACCUACCCGAUCGCCCAGGUCCACUCGACGACGCUGCGGCCCUACGCCUUUAUGGAGUUCGACAACUUCAUUUCCAAGAGCAAGACCACCUACGCCGACGCCCGUGCUGCCCAGAACCUCGACAAGGUCAAUGAUGAGCUGCGUGAUGUUACCAAGGUCAUGACCAAGAACAUCGAGGAUCUGCUGUAUCGUGGCGACAGCCUUGAACGCAUGGGCGAGCUCAGCUCCCGCCUGCGCGACGACAGCAAGAAGUACCGCCGCGCCGCCGUCCGCAUCAACUGGGAGCUGCUCAUCAAGCAGUACGCGCCCUUUGCAGGUUUGGGAUUUAUCAUCCUCGUCUUCAUCUACUGGCGAUUUUUCUGAGCCAUGAUCCGUAAUCCAUAUAUAUACCGAUAUAUCUACCACCAUUCAGCGAGGCGUAUCCGCAUGUUUCUGUUUUGGGCUUCUCAGUGAUGGACGAAACGGGCAUUGAGGCAAGGGGUUUCGGAGACAUCCGUGGCAUCAGGAGACGACGGGGGAGAAAAUUUGGCCAAAGGCUAUGUACAUUAUGUGACUAUCUACGUUGGCUUCAUGUCCAGUUUCGUUUGGUGGUCUCUAG